AUCAUGUGAUGUUUUCCAAUCUGUUUGAUGUCAAUAAUUUCUUUGGAUUCAUUUAUAUAUCGUAAUCGUAAAUUUAUUAUCCUCUUAUUAAAUUCAAAUCGAUCAUAUGUAUGUUUAUCGGAUUCUACAUUAUUUUAUUUUCAACAUUAUUCUCAUUUUUGUUGCAAAACAAUGUCUUCAUCAAUCAUCGAUGAUUGUCGUCAAUUGUUUUUCAUCUUCAUUAACAGCAUUCCGAUUCGAAGAUCGCAAUAUUGUAUUCAAAGAAACGAUUACCGGUUUAGUGGAAAAAGAAAAUUUUACAUAUUAUUUUAUGGAUAGUGAACAUGAUAUAUUGCUCAAUCUAAUCUCUAUUGUUGGUGAUUGUGAUCUUUAUGUGAGUCAAUCGUCAUCGUCGAAUCAAGCGCCCAAAAAACCGAAUAUUUUUGAUAUUUAUAGCUAUGAUAUACAUAGUGCUACCUGUGGACAGGAUUCAGUUUAUGUUGAUAGUUAUAUUCGUCGUCCAUUUUGCAUAGGAAUCUAUGCUCAUUUCACUCAUGAAGUUUGCCGUUAUCAAUUAGAAGUGAUUGGCUAUGAACAAUUGAAUAAUUCAAUGCCAUAUUUGAAUCGUUUUGAAGAUUUUACAAAUGACGGUAUAGAAAUAUCCAAUCAAAAUGAUCGUAAACAGUUCAACAGUGAUAAUGAUCGUUUUGAUGAUGAUGACAACAACAAUUACAACAUUGGUGAUGAUAACGAUGAUGAUAAAUUUGAUAGUUUUACUCGUACCAUUUUGAAUAUUCUGUUGGAAUUCAUAGCAUUCUUUCUCGAUAUAAUCAUAUUUUAAUCAAAUAAAUGAAUAAAUAAAUAAAUCUUGUUAUUAUUUCAA